UUCCCAAAACUCCAGACCUAUUUUUUCCCCUUGGCUUUUGCAUGACAGUGAGGAGUCAUGGGCGAUGAUGAUGAAACCACAGCUCUUGUCUGUGAUAAUGGUUCUGGGCUUUGUAAGGCUGGAUUUGCAGGAGAUGAUGCUCCCCGGGCUGUCUUUCCAUCUAUUGUUGGGCGACCUCGGCACCAGGGGGUUAUGGUAGGGAUGGGCCAGAAAGACAGCUAUGUUGGGGACGAAGCACAAAGUAAACGAGGAAUUCUGACCUUGAAAUAUCCUAUUGAGCAUGGUAUUAUCACAAACUGGGACGACAUGGAAAAGAUUUGGCAUCAUUCUUUCUACAAUGAACUUCGUGUUGCCCCAGAAGAGCAUCCUGUGCUACUGACAGAAGCUCCUUUAAAUCCCAAGGCUAACCGAGAGAAAAUGACCCAGAUAAUGUUUGAAACAUUCAACGUACCAGCAAUGUAUGUGGCCAUUCAAGCUGUUCUCUCCUUGUAUGCAUCUGGACGAACUACUGGAAUAGUUCUGGACUCUGGAGAUGGUGUGACACAUAAUGUACCUAUCUAUGAAGGUUAUGCCCUGCCACAUGCCAUCAUGAGACUAGAUCUGGCUGGUAGAGAUCUCACUGACUAUCUCAUGAAAAUUCUUACAGAGAGAGGAUAUUCUUUUGUUACUACUGCGGAGCGUGAGAUUGUGCGAGAUAUUAAGGAAAAGUUAUGCUACGUGGCUCUGGAUUUUGAGAAUGAAAUGGCUACUGCUGCUUCUUCAUCUUCUCUGGAGAAGAGCUAUGAACUUCCAGAUGGCCAAGUCAUCACAAUUGGCAAUGAAAGGUUCCGAUGCCCUGAAACUCUCUUCCAGCCAUCCUUCAUAGGAAUGGAAUCUGCUGGAGUCCAUGAAACAACUUAUAACAGCAUAAUGAAAUGUGAUAUUGAUAUCCGUAAAGAUCUUUAUGCCAAUAAUGUGCUUUCUGGAGGAACCACCAUGUAUCCCGGUAUUGGUGAUCGCAUGCAGAAAGAAAUUACAGCACUGGCUCCAAGUACUAUGAAAAUUAAAAUGAUUGCACCUCCAGAACGCAAAUAUUCUGUUUGGAUUGGAGGCUCCAUAUUAGCUUCUCUGUCAACUUUCCAGCAAAUGUGGAUCAGCAAAGAUGAAUAUGAAGAAGCUGGUCCUUCCAUUGUCCAUCGCAAAUGUUUUUGAGUAUGCUUACAAUUUACUAUAAGGGAUCCCUUGUGGUUUCUCACUAUAUAUAUAUGUGGUUGCACUAUAGAGUUUCUUAGGAAGAGAGGGUGCAGUUUUUCCCACUCUUCUAAAAAUAUAAUAAAUGAUUCUGUCAAUUAA